AUGUCUGAAGAGAAAUUGAGGGAAUAUAGCCAGAGGCUAUUCGACAUUCUAUCGGCUCCAUAUAUAAAGAAGUUCAUCUGGAAAGAAAUCCGUGACACAAUUGCCAUUCUUGCCAACUCCAUGUCAAACUACUGCAUGUACUUGCGAUCACAAGCGAAAAGGGUGAGUAAAAUUUUUCUGGAAAAUAUUUAUAUACAUAUUUACAGCAACAAAUAUUAAAGCCCAGCUCAGUCGUCAUGGUUUUACAGCAACUAUUUCCUUUAUGAAUGGAUAAAACAUGUCAAUUUACUAAGCUGUUAAUUUCUAAAAGUAAUUCUGUUAUUUUCUUCUAGGUCAAGGAAAACAGGUCGUCGAUGGUUGUGAAGAAUGAUAGGUACCUGAAAGUGAUUGAAAAGUGGGAAGAGGAAAUUGAAAUAUAUAGAGAUGUAGUAAGAGUUUUGAUGGAAAAAGAACUAUGGAAGUGCAUAUUCCUUGAUGAAUACUCCCCAACAGAUAGAAAAGAGGUAUAUGUUUGUCACAAACCUGAAGCUGCCAAUGAGAGCCCUGAUGAUCGCAGAAACCAGUGGGGCACGAACUUUACAUUUUUUGUGCAGAAUCGAUGACAGCUUGACAGUAGAGGAAGCUAUCAACAAAGCCCAUGAUGUUGCUACACAGAUACAUCAAGAUAUUAAAAAGUUCCACUCAAGAGCAAUGAGACGGGAAUUUGUCCAGUUGUUUGGACUUGUUGCUAACAAAGCAGUUUUGCGGUAUGCCUACCGGACCUUGACAGGUUUGUUUAAUUUAAUCGACCUAAAGAACUUUUUCUUUCAGUAUCUCUGUUUAUAAAUUCGGAUCCAAUGCUUUUUAUUACAUACUUGUGCCUCUCUCAGGGUGUUAGCAGGGACAUGUACUUCAUGUUUUACCUGUCCGAAAUACACACCCUGACCCUAUUACACCAGAAACUGUGUCUGGGUAUAUUAAAUAAAAGAAAAUGCUAUGUUUUUUCUCUACCUAGAUACUUUAACGUGCCCCAAACACCAAUUAUAUUUUUUGCUAUGGUAUGUUUGCAGUAAAAACCUCAUCUUUUAUCAAUUUUGUCAACUUAAAGUUGCUGGAUAUGAUGUCAUUAGAUGAUCUGUAAAUAGUUAAAUAGUGCAAUAUAUUAAAAUAGUGCAGAUAAAAUUCAUUGAAUUACAUUUUUCCGGCAACUUUGACAGUGAUGGAUUGUAGAAUGACUCAAAUAGUUACGCACACAAACAAUCAUAUAUUUUUUCGUUUACUAUUAUUUCAUGUUUCAUGUUUUCUUUGAAAAAAGGUGACUGCUCUGCAGCAGAAACUUUACAAGAAGCUGAAGUAGACCGCCGUCUUGAACAAGUUGUUGAUGAGCAGGACCCUGACUUACUUUGGGACUGUCGACAUUGCAACCAAGGGCGCCCUCUAGAAUAUGAUGAUUUCCUCAAUAAAUGUCGAGAAACCAUCAGCGCGAGUAUUGAGACAGCUGUUGAUGACUGA